UCUGUGCUCUCAGUUUCAUUAUUACGUGGUCAGUAUCUUCUGAUCAGAAUGUCGAGCGUGGAAGGUGCCAGAGUGCCGGUCACCUCAGUAGAGGUGAGGGACAGCGACGCUGUUCGCGUGUCUGGUGCCAGGGCUGAGACAGGUACUCCAACAACAGCGACACCCCCGUGGCCCGCCGCUCCCGCCCUGCUCCGCCCACGGAGUCCGGCGGCGGCUGCCGCCGAGCGGAGGCGCCCCGCUGAGGAUGUUGUGACCUUUGAGGAUGUCACGGUAUAUUUCUCCAGGACAGAAUGGCGCCUCCUUGAUGAAGCUCAGAGACUUCUGUACCUUGAUGUGAUGCUGGAGAACUUUGCUCUUAUAUCUUCGCUGGGUUGCUGCUGUGGAGCAGAGAAUGUGGAGGCACCCAGUGAACAAAAGUCGAAGAAUCCAAAGGCAGCUUUGUCUUCCCAGAAGAGCCACCCCUGUGAGAGAUGUGGGCCGGUCUUGAGAGACAUUUUCCUUCUGGUUGACCAGCAGGGAACACAACACAGCUUGACCCUGCUGCAGUGUGGGGCAUGUGCAAAACCAUUUUAUUUCAGUGCACAGAGUCACCAGCAGCAGGAACAGGACACAACACAGAAUGGUUUCAUAAGUAGUGUGGACAGUGUCUCACUUGGAAAGAGCUGCAAUUCCCAUAUGACAUGGAAUCCUUGUACCUCUAGUCAGGUUGGAAAAGACUUCACUAUCACCUCAGGACAUCUUGAGCAACAGGAUACUCACACCAUGAACAGGGCAAACAAAAUCUCUCAGUCUGGAAUGACUUGUCAAAAGUCUGGAAUGACAAGUACAAAAUACUAUUAUAACCCAGGAGAAUGCAAGGAAGCUUUUGGCUUUGACGACACACUUGUUGAAGAUAAGAAUGUCAUUACAGGAGGACAGUGCUUUGUAUGUUGUGAAUGUGGGAAAUCUUUUACCAAUAUCUCUGACCUCCAUAACCAUCAGAGAGUUCACAUUCCAGAAAGGCCUUAUGAGUGCAGUGAAUGUGGGAAAUCUUAUACCUGGAGCUCUGCCCUCCGUAGACAUCAGAGAGAUCACAUUGGAGAAAGGCCUUAUGAAUGUGGUGAAUGUGGUAAAUCUUUUCCCAUAAGCUCUGCUCUUCGUAAUCAUCAGAGAGUUCACAGUGGAGAAAGGCCUUAUGAGUGUAGUGAAUGUGGUAAAUCUUAUACUAGUAGUUCUGACCUCCAUAGACAUCAGAGAGUUCACACUGGAGAAAGGCCUUAUGAGUGUAGUGAAUGUGGGAAAUCAUUUACCAGGAGCUCUAACCUUCAUAAGCAUCACAGAGUUCACACUGGAGAAAGGCCUUAUGAGUGCAGUGAAUGUGGAAAAUCUUAUACCAGGAGCUCUGCCCUUCGUAACCAUCACAGACUUCACACUGGAGAAAGACCUUAUGAGUGUGGUGAAUGUGGGAAAUCUUUUACCAUUAGCUCUGUUCUUCGUAAUCAUCAGAGAGUUCACACUGGGGAAAGGCCUUAUGAGUGCAGUGAGUGUGGAAAAUCUUUUACUUGGAGCUCUGCCCUUUUUAACCAUCAGAGAGUUCACACUGGAGAAAGGCCUUACGAGUGCAGCGAUUGUUCAAAAUCAUUUCCCAGUAGCUCUCUUCUUCGUUAUCAUCAGAGAGUUCACUCUGGAGAAAGGCCUUACGAGUGUGGUGAAUGUGGGAAAUCUUUUUCUAGUAACUUUGCCCUUCGCUGUCAUCAGAGAGUUCACACUGGAGAAAAGCCUUAUGAAUGCAGUGAAUGUAAGAAAUGUUUUAGACAAAGCUCUGCCCUUUUUCAGCACUAUAGGGUUCAUUCGGCAGAGAAACCUGUAUGAGUAUGGUUAAUGUGGAAAAACAUAUGAGUAGCUCUGCCUUUUGUCAUCAUAGAGGAGUUCACACUGGAUAAAGUGUUUUUAAGUGUAGUGAACUGGGGACAUCUUUGACAUGUGGCACUUGUCUCCAUUAGCAUCAGAGAGUUCACACAAAAGAAAGGCCCUAUGUGUGCAGUGAAUGUGGGUAAUCUUUUAUUUGUAGCAUUAACUUUCAUUGUCAUCAGUGAGUUCACCCAGGAGAAUGGCCUUAUAGCUGUAGUGAUACGGGAUAUUUUUUUAAUCAUUAACCUUUUUUUAUUGUAUGAAACUUCACACUGGAGGAAGGCCUUAUGACUGCAGUGAUUGUGGAAAAUCCUUUAUCUCUAGCAUAUGCCUCCAUGUCAUCAGGGAGUUGACACUGAGGAAUGGCCUUAUGUUCCAGUAAAUGUGGGAAGUCUUUGUUGCUUCAGUAAAUUCUAUUAUGAGAGAGUUUGCAUCAUAGAAAUGCCAUUUGAGUCCUUUCAAUAUGGAGAAUCUUUUACCAGUAGCCAUGGCCUUUGUUGUCAUCAGAAAAUUCACAAUGAUUCAGUUCUUAUAAGUUAAGAAAAUUUGGGAAAUCUUGUAUUUCUGGACAUUCCCUUUGUAUUUUAUCAGAGGUGACAAAUCUGAUAGGUUUUAUAUAUACAUGCAAUAUGAGAAAAUUUUUUUUAAGAUUUUAUUUAUUUAUUUUUAGAGAGGGAAGGGAGGGAGAAAGAGAGAGAGAGAAAUAUUAAUGUGCGGUUGCUGGGGGCCGUGGCCUGCAACCCAGGCAUGUUCCCUGACUGGGAAUCGAACUUGGGAUGCUUUGGUUCGCAGCCCGUGCUCAGUCCACUGAGCUAUGCCAGCCAGGGCACAAUAUGAGAAAAUUUUUUCUUGUAACACUAAAGUCCAUUAUAUUCAGAGAUUUCACCCUAGGUGAAGGCCUUAAGAGUACAGUGAAUUCUUUUUCUAUCAUUUUUCUUUUCUUAUCAUCAGAGAGUUUACACAAAAUUAGGCCUUAUAGGGACAUCAAAUGUGGGAAAUCUUUUACCUCGUAGUCAUGGCCACCUUAAUUACAAUUCACGCUGGUUAAAGGCUUCAAGUAUGACAUGAACAUGGGAAAUAUUUAGCCAUAAGUCUGUACCCUUUUGACAUUGGAGAGUUCUCAUGGUGUAAAUGGUUAGAUUUUAGGAAGUGUAUUUUUUUUUUCUGUGUAAUGACACAGGAGAAAACUUUCUGAGGAAAUGCCCAUGCUUAAUUUUGUAUGUUCACAGUGUGGAUAUGUCUCAGAAUUUUAAUGUUUAAAUUUUGAAGAACCUAACAAAGUACUAUCUAAAGUAAUUGUGCCUUUAUGCAUAUUUAAGUCAUGGUGUUUAAGGGUUUCAUUAUGACUCUAACAAAAUCUUGAUCUGUUUAAUUUUUAGGAAUUUUAGCUUUUGUAUGUUCAUCAUGCUCUCUAUGUUAUUUUAGUUGCAUUUCUCUAAACAUUUAUGCUGAGCAUUUUUGCAGGUGUGUAUAUACUACUGAUAUGUUUUUAAUAAAUUAUGUGUUGACAUAAUUUACCUAUUUUUUAUUAAUUUGGGCUACUAUCCUUCAACAAAUGGGAUAGUGAAACAGCAAAGACAUAUGUUAUAAUGUUACCCAUUUUCACUCCUUAAAUAACAAGUAAUUUUUGCUUUAUGGAAUAAUUGAGUUUUUUUGAAGGGGUAUAAUUGUUUCAAUAUUGUAAUGUAAUUCCAAAGUAUUUGGAUUUUUUGCUGUACAAAAUGUAGUAGGUACAUACCAUAUAUGUUAAAGAAUAAUCUGCAUUAUUAACUCACUUCAUCGCUUUUGUAAUUUCAAACAUUUAGUAAUAUAAUAAAAGGCUUG